UUGGUAGGGGAUCUGACAGAUGGUCAAAGUCACAGCCAUGCAACGGCAAUGGAUUUUCAACAAAAUGAUAGCUUUGAAGAUGAUGGCUGUGAUGUGAGACCACAUCCACCGCCACAGAAAAUACAGGGAAGAAGUAGUUUUUGGGCACGACGAAAAAUUUGGACCAUUGACGAGUUGUUGGCUGAAACAACGAAUAUUGAACCCAGAGCUGCCAAAAAUAUUGUUAAUCUUUUUGAAAAUGAAAAUACCAUUCCAUUUAUAUGUCGUUAUCGUCGCGAUCUAAUCGAUCACAUACAACCGGAACAGUUGCGUGAAAUUAAAUCUUGUUAUACGGAAAUUGUGAAUUUGCGUAAAAAAGCUGAAACGAUUGUGACGACCUUGGAAAAGGAAAAUGUUAUAGACGAGGACAUUCGUACGGAAAUGUUGUGUGCCAAAUCACCGGAAGAGUUGGAAUUUUUGUAUGCCCCAUACAAACCAGCCAGUCGUGGUUCUUUGGCCGAACGGGCCAAAGCCUUGGGUUUGGAAGAGUAUACUGAUCGCUUGCUGCAUGGUGAAUCGCCCCAUGUUCAUUUGAAAAGCAUUGUUGAUCGUAAAAAUCCCGAUUUGGAUAACGAGGAAAAGGUAUUCAAUGGCAUAUGCCACAUUAUAUCCCACAAUAUAAGUAAACAUACGGGAGUUUUGGAAGAAAUAAGGCGUUUGCAAAAGGUCCAUCGCAUUACCCUUAAAACUUCCAAACUUAAACCAUCCAAGGAUGGUGCGAAAGCAUCAGAGGAGCCAUCAACUAGUGGUCAUCAUCAUCAUGGUAAUAAUAAAAAUGAUGCAAGCAAAUAUGAAAUGUACUAUGACUACUCGAAUGAUGUACGCUAUUUAAAACCACAUCAGGUUUUGGCCAUAAAUCGUGCUGAAAAAUUAAAAUUCCUUUCGGUAAAAAUAAUCGUAAAUGAUUAUUUUAAGAAUGAACUGGAACGUUACGUACGUUCUAUAUUUUUGGAAGAGGGCGAUAAGUACGCCUUACGUUUGGAAAUCUUUAAUAAAUCUUUUGAAGAAUGUUAUAGUAAAAAAUUACAACCAUUAAUAUCACGUCAAAUUCGCUCGGAUUUAAAUGAAUCGGCAAAGAAAGCAUCCAUUGAUGUGUUUGCCAAAAAUCUUAAACAAUUGCUGCUAAUGUCACCACUAAAGGGUGAACGUAUUUUGGGUAUUGAUCCUGGUUUUGCAAAUGGUUGUAAAAUUGCCGUAAUAUCAGAAACUGCUGACGUCUUGGAGACGGGGGUUAUAUAUCCUCAUCGUCGUAACGCGGAUCCUGAAGAAUGGGGUGAAAAAUUGGCAAAGAUUUUAAAAAGACACAAAUGCCAUUUAAUUGCCUUGGGCAAUGGUACUGCCUGCCGGGAAACGGAAUUUUGGCUAUCGAAACUUUUUGAAUUGGGCAUUUUGGAUUCAAAUCAAAUACUUUAUAGUAUUGUAUCGGAACAAGGUGCCUCAAUAUACUCAUGCAGUGAGAUAGCUAAAAAAGAAUUUCCCAAUAUGGAUAUGAAUGAAAUAAGUGCAGUGUCGAUUGCACGACGUCUUAAUGAUCCGCUAAGUGAAUAUGUUAAAAUUGAACCACGUCACAUAGGUGUGGGUAUGUAUCAACAUGAUAUCAAUGAAAAGCAGUUAAGUGAAUCGCUCAAUGAAGUGGUGUCGGAGUGUGUAAGUUAUGUGGGUGUUGAUAUCAAUACAGCAAGUAUAACGGUAUUAAAACACAUUGCUGGUUUGUCGGAAAAGAAGGCUGAAAAGAUUUUGCAACAUCGUGCCGAAAAUGGUCCAUUUAAGACACGCAAAGAUUUAAUGCAGGUUAAGACAAUUGGUGAAAAGACAUUUGUACAAUGUGCUGGUUUCAUACGCAUUGAUCCUCGCAGUUUAGGAGGACGUAUUGAAAAUCUACUCGAUUGUACUUGGGUGCAUCCUGAGAGUUAUAAUGUGGCCAAAAAAAUAAUUUCAAAAUGUAAACUACAAUUGGAUGAUAUUGGUACACCAGAGUUUAUUGACAAAAUCGGUGAUUAUGUCAAAUCGCAUAAUCUUGAAACUUUGGCCAAGGAAUUCAAAACACCUAAAGAGAGAUUGGAUGUUGUAUUCCAAGCAUUGCAACGUGAAUUAUUCAAGGAUUAUCGUAGCGAUUUCGAUAAGAAGCCAUUGUUUAAACAGGGCUUAACCAGAAUUACGGAAUUAAGCGAAUGCGAAGUGCUAACUGGUGCCGUUACAAAUAUAACACAUUUUGGAGCCUUUGUCGAUGUGGGCAUUGAAUGUGAUGGUCUGAUUCAUGUUAGUAAAAUGGGAAAUUCUAAAUUAUCGAUUGGUGAUCGGGUUACCGUUUCGGUAGUUUCAAUCGAUGUUAAACGCAAACGUUUGGGUUUACGUUUGGAAGAAAUGCUUUUGGAAACAGAUACUUCAUUUACAUUUGCAUAA